AUGGGAGGUGCGGCUAGACUCCGACCUGUCCCCAGCGCGCUGGCCAUGGACACCCUGGGCAGGCUGCUCUUCUUGGCCGCACUGUUCCUGGUACCUGCCGAGGCCCAGCAGGCCUCAGAGCGCCAUCUGAAGCCCUGGCUGGUGGGCCUGGCAGCGGUGGUGGGCUUCCUAUUCAUAGUCUUCGUCCUCAUGCUGGCCAACCGUGUCUGGUGCUCCAAACCCAGACCAGAGGACGAGGAGGUCACAGGCAGAAUGGAGCCCAGUGUGAACGAGUACACGGACGUAAGUAAAAUAAACAAGAAGAAGCAGAAGAAGCAGGUGGACAGGAAGGGCGGUCAGAGCAACGACGCCUUGGAACUAGAGGAGAGGGAGUUAUCAGAGGAGAGAGACAAGAAAACAGCCCUGUGA